AUGUCUCUGUUUCAGCAUCGCCAGCUGGCACCCACAGCUUUCAGCUUCAUCCAACUUUGCUUAUUGCUCUGCGCCUCCUCUCUCCACCCGAAUAUCUUCGAUCGAGGGAUGGAGCUGAAGACCCAAGUCCGGGGAGUGGUAUUCCCGUGGCUAUUCUUAUCGAGACCCUUCCUCUGUGUCUGUCUCUCGCUUGCUUCUUCCUGUUGGCGAUCAGCCUUUUCCUUGUCUAGGACACGAAUCCGGUCUAUUGGAUGUCGAUGCCAAUCUUACUGCCGCAUCAACAAGUUCAGCCCUUUUUUUCUCACACAGGCGCGGGCUCACAACCGUUUCAAUGACCCACCGUUUCGGAUUCUCAUUGGUUGGUGGCUGCUUACCUUGGUCUCUUGGGGAGCACUGGGAUCAAUCACUGAUCUUCCCCCCCGCAAUGGUCUCACGUUACGUGCAACCUUGGCACCGUAA